UCGAAUACGGGCGGCGGUUUGGCCGCGAGCGGAGGUGGCAGUGAGUUUUCCGAUCGCCGCGGGGAUGGCGGAAGAGGGAGCUGUCACGGUCUGCGUGCGAGUGCGGCCGCUCAUCGCCAGGGAAAAAGAAGAGAAAGAGAAAGAGGUCCUCUACUGGAAAAGUGAAGAUAAUACAAUUUCGGAAGUCAAUGGUACAAAAGUAUUCAGUUAUGAUCGUGUCUUUCACUCCAGUGACAAUACUCAGCAGUUAUAUGAAGGUGUAGCUGUUCCAAUUAUACAGUCGGCUGUGCAAGGUUAUAAUGGCACAAUUUUUGCUUACGGACAGACUGCUUCAGGGAAGACCUACACAAUGAUGGGAAGUGAAGAUUCUGCGGGCAUUAUACCUCGGGCAGUUCAACAUGUUUUCAAAAUUAUUUGUGAGAUUCCAGAUAGAGAAUUCUUGCUGAGAGUUUCUUACAUGGAAAUCUACAAUGAAACCAUUACAGAUUUGCUUUGUGACACAAGGAAAAAGAAACCUCUGGCAAUUCGUGAGGAUGUUAAUAGGAAUAUAUAUGUAGAAGAUCUGAUUGAAGAGGUGGUUGUUGCCCCAGAACAAGUUAUGGAAUGGAUCAGAAAAGGAGAAAAAAAUCGCCAUUAUGGAGAAACAAAAAUGAAUGAACACAGUUCCCGUUCUCAUACUAUCUUCAGAAUGAUCAUUGAAAGCAGAGAACGAAGUGACCCUGUAAAUGCAAACUGUGAUGGAGCAGUGAUGGUGUCCCACUUGAACUUGGUAGAUCUGGCAGGCAGUGAAAGAGCUAGUCAAACUGGAUCCGAAGGUGUCCGACUGAAAGAAGGCUGCAAUAUAAACCGGAGCUUGUUCAUUCUGGGUCAAGUUAUCAAAAAACUUUGUGAUGACCCUUCUGGUUUCAUAAAUUACAGAGAUAGCAAGCUGACUCGAAUUCUGCAGAACUCCCUUGGAGGAAAUGCCAAGACGCUUAUUAUUUGUACAAUUACUCCUGUUUCUUUUGAUGUAACUCUUGGUACUCUUCAGUUUGCCAAUACAGCCAAAAGAAUGAAGAAUACUCCAAAAGUCAACGAAGUACUUGAUGACGAUGCCCUCCUGAAGAGAUAUCGCAAAGAAAUUCUGGAUUUGAAAAAGCAACUGGAGGAAGUGUCCUCGAAGACUCAAAUUCAUGCAAUGGAAAAAGACCAAUUGGCCCAGCUGUUGGAAGAAAAAAAUUCCCUUCAAAAAGUACAAGAAGAUAGGAUACGAAACUUAACUGAGAUGCUGGUGACUUCUGCCUCCUUUUCCUCAAAACAGAAUUCUAAAGCCAAGAUAAGAAGAAGAGUUACUUGGGCUCCUGGUAAAAUAAACCAGGCAAACGUGAGCUGUUUUGAAGACUUUGAAAAACCAAGGCUGUCUGAAACAGAAAAAAAGAAAAGGUCUCUGACACUACCACAAGUGGAGUAUUCUUUGUUAGAGAAUUCUGAACGUGACAACCAGUAUCUGACGUUUCCUAUUCAAAUGUCAGAUGUAGAAUGGACUGCUGGACCUAACAUGAAUUGGACUCAGAAAGACUUUGAAGAAUCUGUGCAACUCUGUGAAGCAUUAGCACUAGAAAAGGAUAUUGCUGUAAAUGAGGUCAACAUUCUGCAAACUAACUUUGAUAACCUGGUAUUGGAAAAUGAGCGUUUGAAACUAGAAAUAAAUGAAAUGAAGGAGAAACUGAAAGAAAAAAUGGAAACAGAUGAAUUUGAAGCACUGGAAAAACAAACACAAAAAGAACAUGAGGUGCAACUAAUGCAUGAAAUUGCCAACUUAAAGAGUCUUGUUUCAAAUGCUGAAGUGUACAAUGGAGAACUUGAGGAAGAAAUAAACUCCAAAUUGGAGGAACUGAAAGAGAAAGAGAACAAAAUAAAAGUAUUACAGAAUCGUGUGGAAGAAUUGCAGAAAGCAGAAGCAGAAAAAAAGGACACAUUUAUUUCAGUGGGAAAUCCUGAUAAGCUAAUUAAGGAAAUUCAGCAGCUGAAUAAAUCCCUCUCAGAUAGUGAAAACAUAGCCUUGGAUGCCAAAAGAGAAUCUGCUUUUCUCAGAACUGAAAACUUGGAGCUGAAGGAGAAGAUGAAUGAACUGCUGAAUAACUACGAGCAAAUGCAAAAGGAUAUUCAAGUCUACAAAAAUCAAAUAGAAGCAGGAAAAGCCAGUUACAAAAAAAUGCAAACUGACUUGCAGAAAGAGUUGCAGUCUGUAUUUCAAGAAAAUGCGAGGCUAACUUCAAUGAUGGAUGGUAAAGUUCCAAAAGAUCUACUGUCUUUUGCGGAAGUGGAAAAAAAGGUGGCUGACUUAAAAGGAGAACUAGAAAAAGCAUUGAAAGAGAAUGCAUUUCUACAAAAGCAAGUAAAUGAGCUAGUAGAAUUUCAGUCUUUACCAAAUACUGUUGAGAUGCAGCAGAAAGAGAUUCUUGAAAAAUGUGAGGAGCUGCGCUUAUUAAAAUUGGAAAGAGAAAAGCUGCUUUCUGAAGUAGCUGAUAAUGAAGCUAGGCUUAAAUGUAUGGCUGAAGAAAUUAAAAAAUCACAAGAGGAUCUAGCAGAUGCACAACUUAAAUAUGUAACGUCUGAUCAGGAAUAUGUAGCACUUAAACAGCUCCAUGAAGAACUAGAGCAAAAAUAUGUAGCUGCAUCAGAAAACAAUGAACAAAUGAAACUCCAAAUAGAUGUUUUAUCUAAAGCAGCACAAGAGUCUAAAACAGCUUUGAAUGAAGUGAAAUUCGAGCUUUCUAGCAAAAUGAAAGAACUGGAAGAAAAGACGGCAGAGUACAAACAACUCCUUGAGGUAAGAGAAGAUUUUAGUCAGACUCAGCAGAAAUUAAAUGAAACGGAACAAUUAAAAGAGCAAGACAAGGUCAUGGAGGUCAAGGAUUCAGAGAUUCAAGCAGUUCUUCAGCAGCUUAUUGAAUGUCAGGAAGAAAUAAAAACACUAACCCAGGAAAGAGAUUACCUGAAGCAAAAAGAGGAGUCUCUCCAGGCUGAGACAGACCAACUCAAAGAGGAUAUAAAGGACACUGUUUCAAUGAACAUCUUGGCACAUGAAGAACUGAGAAAUACCCAGAGUUCUCUCAAGCAAUCCCAGGACACUGUCAAGAAGUUGGAAAUAAAUAUUUCUGAAAAAGAAUCUCAGAUUCUGAGUGUUGAAAAGACUCUGGGGAAAACCAUUAAAGAACUCAAAAUACAGCUCACUGAAGCAACUGAAAACCUGACUUGUGUCUCUUCUGAAUAUAGCAAGCUACUGGCAGAAAAAAACCAAAUUGAAUUAAUAAUUAAUGAGAAUGUCUCUCAGCAGCUUGAGAAAAUCACUUUACUUAAUCAGGAGAAAGAUGAGCUACGUCAAAUGGUAGAGGCUUGUAAAGCAGAAAGAGAUCAGUUAGAGGCUGACUGUCAGGAAAGCAAGGAGCAAGUAGUGAAGUUGAACGAGAACUUAAAUUUGGUAACUAAGGAAAAGCACGAGCUGCUAGAAGAACUGAAAGAGAAGACUGAAAAUGAAAGAAUUAAACUUCAGCAGCUGGAGAAACAGUGUGAUUUGUUAGCACAGGAGAGACAUCAACUCCAGGAAAUGCUGGGAGGUCUCCAGUCAGAGAAGAACAAACUGGAGAUUAAACUACAGGAGAGUGUUGAUAAGAUUCUUGAAAGUGAAAAGCAAUUGAAGUGGCAACAAGAACUCUUCAACAAUGAGAAGAUCAAAGCUGAAGAAAGAGAAGAACAUUUGUUAAAGGUUCAGAGGCGGUCAGAUGUUUUGGAGGACAGCCUAACAAGCAAGAUUCAACAGUUAACAGAGGCGCUAAAUAUCAUAUCGUGUGAAAAAGACCAGUUAUUGGCUGAAAGAAUUAGUCACUCUUCCCAACAUAAAGAACAAAUCUCAUCAAUUAAUCGAGAAAAAGAUGAGCUACAAAAACUUCUCCAGGAUGUCACAUCUGAGCGGGACCAGCUCAAGACCGAAUUGCAAAAAAAUUCUGAAAUGUAUGUUGAAACAAAUGCAAAGCUAGAAAGUGCUCUAGAACAACAGAAGCAGAGAAGUUUGAAUGAUAUGUCCAUUCAGGUGAAUUCACUGGGUAAUACAGAGCAGAUGUUUGAUGACAGCCUGAAGAAAAACUUGAAAAUUAAGGAACUCCUUGAGAAAUUCCCAAGUAUAGGGAAGAGGUACGAAUGUCUCUCUACAGUGUCUCUUAAACUGAGGAAUGACCUGGAUAGUCAGAAAGCACUGGUAGCUGUCAUAAUGACUCUGCUUUCGCCAGAAGAAGGUAAACAAGUCAGAAGACUUCAGUAUGAAAAUGAGAAACGGAAUGGUCUUCUCCAGAGUUUAUUGAACAAACUGAAGUUUCUGUUUAGUCGUGUUUGCUCAAAGAAAUGCAACUAUUACUCUACUGUUAACAAGUAUGAAAUUGAACUGCUUGAGGAAAAGAGAAAACAAGAUCAGCUACAAGCUCAGAUUCAAUGUCUCAGGAAGAUUUAUUUGAACCAGAAUGAAACAUCUUCUCAAGAAUUAAACAUCAGUGAAGCGCUGCAGAGUUUGCAAUUGGAUGCAGAGAGCAUUCUCAAAGAUGUAUCAGAAAUGGAAAGUGAGCUCAUCUGGAUAGAGGCAGAGCUGCAACAGGAAGAGUGUGCUAGAAAAGAAACAACACAGUUCUGGGAAGCUUGUUCGGGAACUCACUUCAAUGUGGAGAAACUUAUAGAAGAGUUAAAGAAAGAUAAUGGAAGGCUUUCGCAAGUCCAUGGAUUCUGGACUCCGAAAGUGAAGGUACUCCUUGAACUUUCUUCAGAGCUGGAUGCCAGGACUGCCAGUUACAGUAAAAGUGCUGAUGUUGAAUUGAAACAGAGAAAAGAGAAAAGUGAAGAGUUGUUUCAGGAACUAAACACUCUUAAAGAACAACUGGCCCCUGGUGCUUCUGCCAGUCAUGCAUUAGAAGAAAAUUAUAGGCUUCAUAACAAAUUAAAAGCUGCAGAGCAAGAUAGAAAGGAUAUGGAAAUAAAAAUUCAGAACUUGGAAAACGUAAUAAAUGAAGUAGGAAAAGAAGUCAAAGAGAGAGAUGACAGGAUAAGCAAGUUGCAAGCAGACAUAAGAAUAAAAUCGGCUGCAAGCGAGGGAACACAACUGCAAGUUAAACUAGAUGAGACAGAGAAGUCCCUCAAAACUGCCUUAACAGAGAUUCAGAGUCUCCAGGCAAAAUUAGAUAAAGAUGCUAUGUUGUACAAAGAAGAAAUUGAACAUCUCAAAACAGAAUUGGUAAAAUACGAUAUGGAAAGAAUGAAACAAUCCAAAUGUUUUGAAAUUAAACUUGCUAAUUAUAAAGCUAUUCUAGAACAAAAAGAACAUCAAUUAAGAGACUUCAAAGAAGAACUCAGAAGAGCACACCAAGAAAAAGACGUUACCGUGCUGCAGGAAACAGAAGCUCCUUGGCAAUCCCAAACACCCAUUACUUGUGGUGGAGGCAGUGGUAUUGUGCAGAGCACGCAAAUACUAGUUCUAAAAUCUGAACAAGCUAAGCUACAGAAAGAGAACUUGCACCUGAAGAAGCAAAGUGAUCUUCUGCUAAGUAAUGAGCGUCAACUGAAAGAGGAACUUAGGAAAUGGAAAGAAAGAGCCCUAAAAUGGAGAGAAAAAUCAUUAAGUGAACACACUCGAGAGAAAGUACCAAGGUCUCCAAAGACAACAGUGUCCUCUUCCCUUAAAGAGCAAAUGCCUCCACCGUCAAAGGAACCCGUUUCUCAGGAAACUGUGACUCGGGACACAUCGACAUCUCUGCCACCGCCUUUUCCAACAAGUUUCUUUGAUAAUUCUGGCUUGAGUAAACUAAUAGGUCUGCAACCUGCAGGAAUAGAGCCCUCAGAAGAACACGUUGAGCGUUGGUUCAGAACUCCAGAGAAAGAGAACGCCCUUGAUUGCACCACCCAAUAAAGGUGCUCUAUUGUAAGCUGCCUGUGUAGGGGCUACAGGCAGAAAUCUACCCAUGUGAAAAAGAACUGCUUCCGGUCAAAAGCCAUCAACCUCUUCCAGAAAUCGUAACCAAUUUGGUAUUUACAGGACACAAUUAAGAUCUCCUCUUAAACUCCUUACAGUGUUCCUGCAGCUCACCCAGUUUUGGUGCCAAGAGUAAAUUUUAUUUUGUGUCACCUUUAAAUAUACAUCUAGUCCUUACUUGAAGCUGGGUAUUGGACUUCUGUUUAGUAGUAAGCAAGGGACAUGAUGCUUUCCUGCUACUCUAGUAAAUGGAAGAUAAACUGGGUCAUUGGGGCUGCAAGAUGAACUAUUUUACUAGCCUGUUUUAUAUCCAUUGUGAGAUCUACUUUUUUGUAUGUUUUGUAAAAGGCAGUUUGUUUUGACAAUAAAC